UCAAAUAAAGCUGAAAAAUGUUGUUUCUUGGUGUCAGAUAAGGACCGCCAGACGGUUUUCAUCUCACUAACGGUCAUCAGCCUGGUGGGCAGCUUCCUUUUUUUCCUGAUCCAGCGGCCAGACCCUGAACCUGCGCCUACUGAUGCCUCUGAGUCACUACUACCAGCAGACAUCUCUGAUAGUAGCUCUGAGGUUCCAUCCCAGAGUCUGUGCUCUCAGGCAUUUGAGGCAUUCAAGAGAUCCAUACAGCUAGCUGUGACCAAAGAGAUGCUUUUACUGAGCAUACCCUUUGCAUACUCUG